CCGCCCGGUUACCGCCAGCAGGCCCCGAGCGCGCCAACCGCGCUCACCGCCACCGCCAGCGCCGCGCCCCGCCCCUUCCGCCCUGCGUCACGCCUACUUCCGGCCCGCCCCGCUCCACCAUAGAGUGCGGCACACCGCCUUGGACAGAGCGGCCCCAACUGCCGCUACAGAGGCGACCGGGACGGGCUAUGGCGGCCGCCAGGCUCUGCUCGCUGCCUGCGCGGGCUCUGUACCGGCACAUGGCGGGGCCGGUGAGGCUGCGGCGUGGCUACCGCGGGGACUCCCCGAAGGACUCGGGCAAGGACGUGCUGGAGAUCCCCCUGCCCCCCUGGCAGGAGCGUCCCCACGAGCCUCUGGAGACCAAGAGAGCCCGGCUGCUGUACGAGAGCCGCAAGAGGGGCAUGCUGGAGAACUGCAUCCUGCUCAGCCUCUUUGCAAAGGAGAACCUGAACAAGAUGAGCGAGCAGCAGCUGAACCUCUACGACAGGCUCAUCAACGAGCCCAGCAACGACUGGGACAUCUACUACUGGGCCACAGAAGCCAAGCCCACACCGGCUGUGUUUGAGAAUGAAGUGAUGGCCAUGCUAAGGGACUUUGCCAAGAAUGAAAAGAAGGAGCAGAGGCUGAGGCAGCCAGACCUGGAGUACCUUUUUGAGCCACCUCGCUGACAGAAGAGUCUCCUUCAUCCCCUGGAGCAGAGGAGGGACAUGGGAGCCUGUGGAAGUGCUGCUGUUGCUCUCCUCCUUCUCCUCCUCCAGCAGCAGCUCUUGGACUCUCAGGAUGUGCUGAAUAAAGCCAUGGCUGCUA